AUGAAGCAAAGAAAUGUGCUCAAGAAAAUAAGAGGCAGAACAAGAUUCUUGGCGACGAAGCACAUAAAUUGGAGAAAAACAUCAAAAUGCUUGGAAGCAUUAAUGACAUGAUUGAAAGUAUAUUUGCUGAACUGGCAUCUGACGGAGAUCGAAACAGCGAGAAUCGGGACUUGUCAGGAGAUGUGAGUGGAGAAUUCAAGGAUUCGAAGCAGACAGCCUCAACGUCUAAUAAACGUAAUCUGGAAGAAAGGAGAAAGAAACUAGAAGACAGCUGUGAGGCACUGAGAUCUGUUAAAGAGACAAAGGAAGCCGAAUUAGAAAUGCUAAAGAAGAACACACGUAUGGUUGAUGAAAUCUGUGGACAAAGAAAGUGGGUCACAGAACAGAAGCUGAGAAUGAAAGACCGUGAGCGGGGGGAAAAGGAGCAGCAGCUGUCAGCGGCAGAGAAGAGACUGAAACUGGCUGCAGAAGAAACGCAGAACUACAGGCACCAAAUUGAUCAAAUGCGGCAACAAGUGCAGCAAGCAGAGUUCACCUUCAGACACCAGAUGGCUGUGUAUGAGAAGAAUGCUCACGACAAUUGGAUCAAGGCUCGGAUUUGGGAGAGGGAGAUAGCAGAGCAGAGCAGGGAAGCCGCCCACUUGAAACACAGAUUGGAGAUAAUGUCCAAAAAGAGGCUGCCCGAGGGAUACAGGCUGCACAAACCAACGUCGGGAAGACCUGGGAUGCAGAACCCUCCACAGAGAGAUCCGGGACCUGUUUCUGCGGCUGUGAGGAGCAGCAGCUCCGGGGGCAAGGUCAAUGUUGAGGCAAGAGGGCCUCCUCCUUUUGCAGCACCACCCUGCACAACCAACCCUGUAGGCUCUGGGCCACAUCUGUCUCCUCCAUCCUGGAGGCCUCUAGGCCCUCACCCACCGCCUCCACGUGUCCCACUCGUCGGGGGAAGCAGCCAGCCCGCCAGCAGCUCUGGGGACACCAAGCUGAAACCGACUCGCCUGCCCGCGGUCUGCUGGGCCCGCGGCUUCCUGCGGCUGAACCGCUGCUUCCCGGCGGCGGACGGGCCCGCCCGGCGGCUCCUCCACCGCCUCCCGGCCCAGGCGGCGGCGGCUCCCCAGGCCGGCGGCCCCGCCCUCCCGCGUGCCCUCCAGCGCCGCCCGCCGGGCCGCCGGGGCGGCAGCGCAGCCAGGCCCAGGGCGCGGCCCCCCGUCGGUCCCCGAGGAGGACGACCCCCCGGGCUGAGCGGGCCCGGGCAGAGCGGGCCACUAGGACCCCGGGCUGCUCGGGGAGGAGGCGAGGCUGUGGGGAGAGGACCCGGGAACCGCCUGGAUGAUGGAAACGCGCGGACACGCGCACGGGGGAGGCCGUGUGGGGACGGCCGCCUCCAGAGCGGCUGUCAUGGCGGCCGGCGCGAGGUGGCAGGAGGGGCGCUGGCACCGGGGACGUCACUGGGGCAGCGGGAGAAGGGGCCCGACCCCGCGGUGGGAAGUCAUCGGGAUGAGCGGAGGCCCCGGGUGACAGGGUGGGUGGGGAGGGUGACUGGAGACCCAUUGGUGAGGUCCCGGGCCAGGCCCCGGGCUCCAGGCAGCCCUCCCCCACCCCGGCGGUUGGCGCCCCACCCCACCCCCACCCCGGAGCCCCGUUGCCUAGGAACCCUCGGCGUGUUUGGACUCUUCGCCUCGCGCAGGCGCCGGUGCCCCACACUUGGCGGGACUGGCCGACUGGGCUGGACGCUUUGCGCCGAGCGGACCAGGUCAGCCCUGCAACCCGCGGCGAUGGCCUCCUGGUUUGGUGGCCUAGGCUCUGGCUUAGGCCAUUCCCUGGGGCAAGUGGGCGGCAGCGUGGCUUCCCUCACUGGACACAUCUCUAACUUCACCAAAGAUGUGCUGAGGAAGGGAAGGGAGAAGGCGGAAGAGUCACCGGACUCUGGGAGGACGGAGAUGGAGGACGUUCAGGCAAUUGUAGCGUCAGAGGAGAGACUGAGAACCCAAGCUUUGAGAAAAGCUGAAAUUGUGCAGCAGACCGUGGAGGAGAAAGACACAAGGCUUGCCUCCAUGAGAGAAGAAAACAGUCAUCUGAUAGAAGCCCUGGAACGACUGAGAGAACAGACUGGAACUGCACCUGUGGUUGACCCUAAAACCCUGGACAGGGUGACACGACUAGAAUCUGAGGUCUCUCAGGUGAUGGUGAUAAAAGGUCACCUGGAGGAGGAAGUAAAACAUCAUCAAAAGAUGAGUGAAAAACAAGACCAGAGGAAGACACAGCUCCUUCGAACUUUACAAGAGCAGAGACGGGAAAUGGAUGAACUUAAAUACCAGCGUGAGCAAAUGCAUAUGAAACACACUCAGCUCUUUUCAGCCAAAGAUGAGGAAAUUAAGAAUUUGCAAAACACGAUAAAACAACUGAAAACCCACUUGCCUGAAAAAACCCAGCACAUGCAGACAAAACAUUCGGAGAUUUGUCAAGUGGCAAAAGGUCAGAGUCUUAGUAUGCAAAACGGAAGUGAAAAGCAUGAUUUAUGUAAAGUUGAAAGUGAAAGAUUAGGAAAAGGAAGAAAAGAACAGGAAUGGGAGAUGAAACUUCGAACUGAAAAGACUGUCCCUUUGAAGGAGCAGAUUGAUCAGCCAUACAAAGAUGAGAUUGGUCAACUAACUCGGAUUAUCCAGCAAAAAGAGUUGGAGAUACAGCGUCUUCAUGCUAGAAUAGCUUCAGCUCCCUACAUCCAGGCUGUGAGCGACCUUCAGCAGCAAUUGCAAGCUUACGCUUUGGAAAGGGAACCAAUGUUAGCUGUUUUCAAUGAGAAGGUGAGGGAAAACAGCAACCUAAAAAGAGAGUAUCACAAAAUGAUGGACAUACUGGUUGCCAAAGAAGCAGACCUCGUGAAACUGCAAGAUGAAAAUACAAAAUGGUCCACGAGAUUUGAAAGUAGUGGUCAGGAUAUGUUUAGAGAAACUGUUCAGAACCUCUCACACAUCAUUCGAGCGAAAGACGUGGAAAUCGAUGCCUUGAGUCAGAAAUGUCAGACUUUAUGGACAAUCUUGCAGACAUCUGGCACUGGCGGUGAGGUUGGAGGUGUUACUGUGAAUCAGUUGGAGGAGCUUCUGCAGGAACGUGACACGUUACAGCAACAGGUCUCCCUAAUGGAGGACUGGACACAGCAGGUGAUGACUGCGGUGCACAACAUGAAGCGAGAGUCAGCCCAGCUUCAGAAAGAACUUCCACAGCUUCAGGCUCGGGUCUUGAUGGACAUUGAUAAUAAGUCUCAAGUACGGAUGGCCUCUACUGACCUGAUCCAAAAUUGUAAAGAGGAUGAAAUCCAAGUCACACAUUUGGCAAAGAAGUUAGCACGAAUGCAGCUCAACCUAGAGCAGCUGUGCAAUGCCAAGGAUGUUCUUUUAGGUCCACUUGACCUUACUGCACCACAGCCUCCCACCACAUCAUCACUCACUUCAGAGUCAGCCGACUCGCUGAAGGCAACUAGAUCUGAUGCAGCGAGUGAGUCUUCUAAAGCGCUCCCAGAAGAGAUAGAAGAGUUAAGGAAAUCGAUGGAGGAAAAAGAGGCUACCAUUCGAAGCCUCCGGGAGGAGAAUCAGAGACUGUCUGCUGCGAUUGCUGCCACCUCCGAACGAGAAAGAAAACAAUGCGAAGAAACAGAUUCCGAAAUCCAGCAGCUCAGGGAGAAACAGGAUGUUUUAGAAAACUUACUUCAGGAAAAAGAGCUCUUAGUCAACGCAAAAAGUGAGGAAUUACUUUCUUUGAGUGAAAAUUACACAACUGAAGUGAAUGAAAAUGAACUUUUGAGGCAGGCGGUAACAAACCUGAAGGAGAGAAUAUUACAUUUUGAAGUGGAUUUGUAUAAAGUAAAACGAGAAAAUGAAAAAAUACUAGAAAAGUCCAUGGAAAAGGAAACAGAAAACCGGGCAUUACAAGAGACGAAUAUGCGGCUUUCUAUGAUGCUGAGAGAGAAAGAGUUCGAAUCUGCUGCAGUGAAGAAGAAGGCUCUUGCUUUGGAGCAACUCCUGAAGGAACAAGAGCAGGGCCAGGCUGGGGAGUUAAACCAGCUUUUACACGCAGUUACGUCCAUGCAGGAAAAGACAGUUCUGUUUCAGCAGGAGAGAGAUGAAGUCGUGUUGGCACUGAAACAGCAACAAAUGGAAAACUGUGCCCUACAGAAUGAAGUUUGUCAUUUAAGGGAAAACGAAUUACGCUUAAGGCAGGAGCUAGAAAGAUCUCGUAACCAGGCUUUAGAGUCAGAAGAUGCUCAUCUCCGUGAAGUGCUGGUUGCAGAAGACAGAGCGGCUCAACUAAGAAAGAGAGUCACAACACUAGAGGAAAAGCUACUUUUAUCUUCCCAGGCAACGCAAAAGGCAAGCCAUCAAGCCAGGGUACAGGUGGAGUCACUGCAGGAACAAGUGAACGUUGUCACCAAGCAGAGAGAUGAAACCGCAUUACAGCUUUCUGUCUCCCAGGAACAAGAAAAGCAGUAUGCUCGAGCACUAGCCAACCUGAAGAUGGCACUAGCUGAAUGGAUGGAAAAGGCAGACGAUCUGGAAGGAAAACUGAUGUCCUUGCAGGGACGACUCGAUAAAGCCAAUGCCAUCUUGGAUCUGAAGGAGGAACAAGUUGGAGAAUUUAAAAAGCAAAGUGAGGUCCAACAGGAAAUGCUGGAUGAGGUGCAAAAGAAAUGGAUGAACUUAGUAAGCAGCAUGGAAGGAAAAGUAGACAAAGUCCUAGUGAGAAAGCUCUUCCUGGACUAUUUUCAAACACCCAAACGUGAACGUCAGGAAGUGUUACGAUUAAUGGGAAGCACUCUGGGAAUGAAAAGGGAAGAAAUGGAGUGGCUCAUCCAGGAAGAGCAAAGCGGCCUUACCAGGUGGAUGACUGGGUGGCUUGGAUCAAGAAGUGUCCCCAGCACACCUCUGACACCAAAUCAGCAAUCUGAUCUCAAUGGUUCUUUUUCAGAACUUUUUGUUAAAUUUCUAGAAACUGAGUCUCAUGUAGCUUUUCCACCACAAAAGCUCUCUGCUCAGGAUAGGAAGCCUCUAGAUGCACCCAGAAGGAAGAAACUGGCGAAAAAUGUACCAGCACGUCUUAACACCACCCUCGGAUCCACACCCAGAAAAUCAGAUGUGAAUGGCUGCUCCACAGCUGUGUCUCUUAUUGACCCACCCGGCCCUGGGACUGGGGGGUCGGGGCAUCUUCUUUUAAAUGCCGUUACUGAUGUUGUGCCCGCGUGUACACCUUUGCUCCUGUCACCUGCCAAGAGUGCUGCAGUUGCCCUGAAAAACACUUCAAAGCGGUAGAAGAUUCCAAGUCGGAGACGAGACAGCACUGUAGAGAA